AUGGAGGACCUGCCCCUACCCCACGCCCUCUUCCACCCCACGCCCUCUUCCACCCCACGCCCUCUUCCACCCCACGCCCUCUUCCACCCCACGCCCUCUUCCACCCCACGCCCUCUUCCACCCCACGCCCUCCGUCACCCCACGCCCUCCGUCACCCCACGCCCUCCUUCACCCCACGCCCUCCGUCACCCCACGCCCUCCGUCACCCCACGCCCUCUUCCACCCCACGCCCUCCUCCACCCCACGCCCUCUUCCACCCCACGCCCUCUUCCACCCCACGCCCUCCGUCACCCCACGCCCUCCGUCACCCCACGCCCUCCUCCACCCCACGCCCUCCUCCACCCCACGCCCUCUUCCACCCCACGCCCUCUUCCACCCCACGCCCUCCUCCACCCCACGCCCUCCGUCACCCCACGCCCUCUUCCACCCACGCCCUCUUCCACCCCACGCCCUCCUCCACCCCACGCCCUCCGUCACCCCACGCCCUGGUUACCUGGUUGA